AUGGGCUCGCUGAGAGCAGUCAGUUCGAAGCCCAGCACAAAUGCACAUGUUCCUAUAAGAGGUUUCAUUUUGGAGAAGCUCAACCACGUGGAUGGGGUGCACAUCUUCCCAGAAGGGAAAGUGAACAUGAGCUCCAAGUUCCGCUUCAAGUGGGGCAUCAGACGCCCGAGUGCCGAACGUCAUCUCAACCCCGUCAUUCUGCAGCUGUGGCAUGUUGAAAUGAAUGAUGCCCUUCCUCACAGCCCGCCCUACCUCCCCUGCUUUGGACAGAAAAUCCCUGUGCUAAUUGGGAAGCCCUUCAGUACGCUACCCGGGCUCGAGUGGCUCCGGGCAGAGAACAAGACAGCUGUGGAGAUACUCAAAGCCCCAGCUGACUUCAUUCGGGAGGAAUUCCAGCAUCUGAAGACCCAGGCAGAGCAGCUCCCCAAACACCUGCAGCCUGAGAGAUAG